ACGAUGGCGUUGUUUGCCGUCUGCAUUUGGAGAGGAGGGAUAUAGAUAGACAGACAGAUAGAUAGAUAGAUAGAUAGAGAGAGAGAGAGAGAGGGGGGUGUGUUGUUGGCAGAGGAGACCUGAAAAAGAAACACAAUGGCUUCUUUGAUUAACAAACCCUUGACGUCGCUCUGCAGUUCUAACAAGACCGAAUUUUGUCUCGAAAAUGGGUUUAUGGGACGGUGUCGCGUUGGACAACCUUCUCUGAGUCUCAAGAAGUCUGGGAAGCUCUUUUUUCCUAUCGUCUGCAAAACAGUGUCUGUGAAGCCCCAAACCGAAGUUGAAGGCCUUAACAUAGCUGAAGAUGUUACUCAGCUUAUUGGGAAAACACCAAUGGUAUACCUGAAUAAUAUUGUAAAGGGGUCUGUUGCAAACAUCGCUGCCAAGCUCGAGAUCAUGGAGCCAUGUUGCAGUGUCAAGGACAGGAUUGGAUACAGUAUGAUAGCUGAUGCUGAGCAGAGAGGACUUAUAAAACCUGGGAAGAGUAUUCUGGUGGAACCUACAAGUGGAAACACAGGCAUUGGACUCGCAUUUAUAGCUGCUUCAAAAGGAUAUAGACUCAUCUUGACGAUGCCAGCUUCAAUGAGUCUGGAGAGGAGAGUUCUUUUGAAAGCAUUUGGAGCUGAGCUUGUUUUAACUGAUUCAGCAAAGGGUAUGAAAGGAGCAGUUCAGAAAGCAGAAGAAAUUUUAGAUAGCACACCGAAUGCUUACAUGCUUCAACAAUUUGACAAUCCUGCAAAUCCCAAGAUACACUUUGAGACUACUGGUCCGGAGAUCUGGGAAGAUACAAGAGGCAAGCUGGACAUUUUCAUCGCAGGGAUUGGAACUGGUGGAACCAUUUCUGGUGUCGGCCGGUUCCUUAAAAAGAAAAAUCCUAGCAUUAAGGUUAUUGGUGUGGAACCCUUAGAAAGCAACAUACUUUCAGGUGGAAAGCCGGGUCCUCACAAAAUUCAAGGGAUUGGAGCAGGUUUUGUACCCAGGAAUUUAGAUCAAGAUGUGCUUGAUGAAGUCAUAGAGAUAUCCAGUGAUGAAGCUGUUGAAACUGCAAAGCAAUUAGCACUCCAAGAAGGCUUGCUGGUGGGCAUUUCUUCUGGAGCAGCUGCUGCUGCUGCAAUUAAGGUUGGAAAGAGACCUGAGAAUGCAGGAAAGCUUAUUGCGUGCUGGCAGGCCAUCUUUCCAAGCUUUGGUGAGCGAUAUUUGUCUUCUGUUCUGUUCCAGUCAAUCCGAGAAGAGUGUGAAAAAAUGCAACCGGAGCCAUAGAGAUCUUCUUUUUGGUGAAGUCACCGAUUUGCAAAAGAUACCUUUAUUAUUAUUGUUGUUGUUGUUGUUGUUGUUUUCUGUAUCACCCACCUAGCUUAUACAAUACAUAAGUUGGACAAACAAUCUAUUCCUAAUUUCCGAUGAUUGCUCACUCCUCAAAUGAUUACCUUAUUUGUGAAAACAUGCAAAAAUAGUUAGAUGUUUGUGCGCUUCCUCAGGUAUGAUGGAAUAAUGGUAUUUGUACUUGCCAAAAACAUAAAAAAUAUUAUCGGAUAUAGUUGGUUUAAACUUUAUUAGACUA